AUGAUGAAUAAAGGCCAAGGUUUUGAAAACUAUGACGCGGUCCUUUCUAACCGUCUUGCGAGCCUCGAUCUUUAUAGUUGCGAAGAAGCCAGUAUGGAUAAUGAGUCUACUAGAGGUUAUCGCACAUUAGUUUACACCCCUCCGAUCGACGAUUAUUAUGAUGGUACUGAUAAAGAAACUCGAAAACCACCGCAAGAAUUCAAUGAGAAGAAUCCAAAAAAACCGAAAGUUACAAGCGAAGUCAAACGUACAAGACCCCGUCAUGCAGAUAUCAAAUGGAGCAUGGAGUGGAGGAAGAUCGAC